CCGUGUGUUUCUUCGCCUCCUAUUUCAUGCUCCAAUCAUAUUCUCGCAAAACUGAGGGAGGAGGAAGCGGAGGAGACGUGACGGCAGCGGCAGGCGAUGGAGAAGAAAUAGAGACAGUUCGGGAGCAAAAGAAACCUUCUUUCGGUUGCCGGCUACAUUUUGGACAACAGGGCUCACUCGCACAUCUUGAUCUCCACCUGUGAUCAAGUUUGAUGUAGAGCAAAGGUGAUUCUUCCUAUUUAUCUUCAUCAGAUAUAGAUUGUUAGUUAUAUGAUAUAAGCAAUGGACAUUUCUUGGGAAUCCUCCUCUCUCUGGAAAAGUGGAAAAAAAAUCAUCAGAUGAGGUCAAGUCUCACCAAUGCCUGGCCUUGGAGAAGACCUGAUGGACACAACCAUUAAUUUCAAAAGCAGGCUCGGUCGCUUAAAGGAGAAUCUAUUCUUCUGUUCAGCAAUUGCAGGGUUACUAAGAUCUAUUAGGCAGAAACCAUGAGCAGCCAUAGUUUAACUACAGCUAAACAAAAUAAUAAUCCUGAAGGAACCAAGCAUUUCCAUCAUUCUUCGCUGUUAUCAGUUCAGUUGAGCAACCAACAUGACUGUAAAAACCUACUGGAUGAUAGGUUGUCCUCCACAAGCCCCUACCGUGCACAGACAGAACUGCUUAAAUCAUCCAGCUUCAAGCCAGGAAGUCCACGCUCUUAUGUAUCUCAUUCUCAAUGUUCAGAUCAUAUGUUUUCUCGUUCUUCCACAUUUUGUACCAGCCUUUACUCUUCAUCUUCAGCCAUCUCAGAGUCCUCUCGAAAGUUAAGUAGCUCACCGUUCCUUCCUCAUCCUCCAAAGUGCGAGAAGCGGAAUUCAGCUGUUCAAUUGUCUAGCUCUCCUCUGCUGUUCAAUGGAGACACAAGUGCUAGAAGUUGUGAGGAUGAACACACAGAUGACUUGAUGAAAGAUUUUCUUAAUCUGUCUGGAGAUGCUUCAGAUGGUAGCACCCAUGGAGAGAUUUAUGGCAAUAAUGGCAUAGCACUUAGCGAGCAAAUAGAAUUGCAACUUCUUUCCGAACAACUCGGUAUAGCUAUCACCGACAAUGGGGAAAGCCCACGUUUGGAUGACAUAUAUGAGACACCACAGGUCUCUUCUCUUCCUUUGUCUUCUAACCACAACCAGGCUGUUCAGCUUUCAGAGCCUCCUGCUAAAGUUCAACUGCACUCAUCCCCCUCCACAGCCACAGUCUCAGCUUCAGCUGCAAAUAAGACAAGAUUAAGAUGGACCUUGGAGCUCCAUGAGCGAUUUGUAGAAGCUGUGAACAAGCUUGAUGGGGCUGAGAAGGCAACUCCAAAGGCUGUACUAAAUCUUAUGAAUGUCGAAGGUUUGACUAUUUACCACGUAAAGAGUCAUUUGCAGAAAUAUCGACUUACUAAGUACAUCCCAGAGGCGAAAGAAGAUGACAAAAAGGCUUCUUGUCCUGAAGAUAAGAAGGCACCAUCAGUUAGUGAUGACAAUGAUUUGGCCAAGAGGAGGAACAUUCAAGUUACAGAGGCUCUACAGAUGCAAAUAGAGGUUCAAAAGCAGCUGCAUGAACAACUUGAGGUGCAAAGAGCACUUCAGUUGCGCAUAGAGGAAAAUGCAAAGUACUUGCAGAAGAUUCUGGAACAGCAGCAAAAAGCAAGGAAUCCCACAUCCUCCACACAAAGGUCAAUCUCGGAGGUGCCUUUAGAACAGCAUAGCCCCGCCCCAGAUCAAUCCGAAGUGGGCAUUGACUGCUCUCCACCAAACUCUCUGAAGCAUAAAGAAAAUGAUUCAGAAAGCGAUUCUAAAUCUGUCAAAGAUUGUAAGAGGAUUAGGCUUGAAGUUGAGCAGGAAAUACUUUCCUAAUGUUGAGACAGCUUUUGUUGUCCACAUUCUGUACUUGUUUACAAGAAGAAUUUGCAUGCAUGUUCUUUUCAUUCAUUUCCUAGUUAUUGUAGGCGGUGGGAUUGGUUUGGAUUGAGUUGAUGUAAAUUCCUGUGAAGAAUGAAUUAAAACUGAGGUAAGCUGUACCCUUGCAUUCUUAAGUGGUGAAAACUUGUGCAUAUUUUUGCUCCA